AUGUCUGAUUUUGAAUCAGAAUCAGAAGAUAUACAAUUAUUGACAGAAGAAUCAUCAAAUACAUCUCUUGAUGCAUGGGAUAAUUUCGAAUUCCCCGCGAAAAUACGAAUUGAUGGCAAUCAUGAAAUUAUUCCUGGUUUUGCUAAGUGCUUCAAUUGUUCGAAAACUUUUAAUUAUGAUGGUAGUACGAAAUAUAUGAUUAAACAUAAAAGUUUAGGAAUUCCUGGUGCUAGUGGUACACAAAAAGGUGUUAUUAGUGGUGGCAUUGACAAGUAUUUAGUUAAAAAACGUAUUACUCAAAGUCAAGACAAAGAAAAAAUGAAAGAGAAGUGUGCCAUUUGGUGUUGUUCAUCGAUAAGCCCAUUUACUGUAGUAGAAGAUCCAGGAUUUAUUGAUAUUAUAAAUGAGUCGAUAAGAAUCGGUACGUGA